AUGGCUGGAUGUAUAUCUGGAGUACAAAAGAGAAUUAAGGAUAUGUAUCCUAGAGCCCAUUUUUUUCAUUGCGCUAGUCAUCGCCUUAAUUUAGUUAUCAAUGAUUUAAAUGUCUUGCCUGAAGUUAGAAAUUGUAUUACCAAAAUAAAGGACACUAUAACAUUUUUUAAAGAAAGUGCAGUUCGCAUGAAUGUAAUAAAUUCUAGUAAUUGUAAAUUAACCAAACUGUGUGAAACUAGAUUUGUAGAGAAGCAUAAGAGUGUAAGACAAUUUAAUGAAAAGUUUAUUGUUAUUGUAGAAGGUUUAGAAGAAAUGUCAACAUCAAAACAUUUUAACAGUAAAACUAAGCAACGAAGCCUUGAAAUUCUAAAUGCAAUUACUACUCCAAAUUUUGUUAUUUUAUUAUCAAUUAUAGCAAAGUAUUCUGCCAAAUUUGAAUUUAUAUCUACUAUUCUUCAGGGUGUGAAUAUUGAUUUACAAGAAGCCACAAAACGCAUUCAGAGCUUUUACAGAUUGUAA